GAGGUAGUGGUGGUAGGAGAGGAGAACUUCACCACUCCCUGUUACAUCCAGAUGGAUGAGGAGGCGUGUCACAUCCUGACAGAGACCUUAGGGACCUACUGCCUGGUUGGUCAGUCCUGCAGCGCGGCCACCACCAAGCGACUCAAACUGGCCAUUUUCGGCCCCGUCACCUGCCCUGCUCUGGAGUACCACAUUAGAGUCUACUGCCUGGACGACACACAGGACUCACUCAAAGUAAGAACGUGUGUGUGUGUGUGUGUGGCGUGUGUAGUAGUAGGCAGCAGAUGAAGUAUAAAGCUGCACCUAGAGAAAUGAUGCCGUGCCCUCACAACUAUGAGCCAUAUUUCAUAUUUACUGUACCCCCCUCCUCCCCCACUCUCCUCCCCCCAUCACAACACAUGAGAAUACCUCUAUCCACCUACACUGAAGAAAGAUAAGGUCUCAUUAUUACUUUUGGGAAGAGAAUAGGACCUGGUUAUUAAGUUUGGGUGCGGGGUAAUGAGAAUUGGGAAUGAUCAUGUUGAAUGUAGAUGUGAAUGUCAAAGGUUGUGAAUGUUUAUAGAUGGAUUAUAUCAUGGGUAUUGCAUAAUUCUCUGCUUCAAACAGAGUAGAUAGAGUGAUUGUCUCAUGUCUCAAAACUGUGUGUCUCUGUGUGUCCUUAAUAUAGGAGGUCCUGCAGAUGGAGAAGCAGAUGGGAGGGAAACUGCUGGACGAACCAAAGACCCUCAACUUCAAGGACAGCACCCACAACCUGCGACUGUCCAUCCACGACAUCCCACACACACUGUGGAAGAGCAAGCUACUAGCCAAGUACCAGGUACGCACAGCAAACACAGAAUGUAAAGACACACACGCACCCUUGGUGCCAGUAUUAACCCCCCCCCCCCCCCCCCCUCCUCUUCCCAGGAGUUGUCGUUCCAGCAGGUGUGGUCUGGGUCCCAGAGGAACCUCCACUGUACCUUCACCCUGGAGAGGUUCUGUCCCAGCACCGUAGACCUGGUCUGUAAGCUGUGUGUCCGACAAGUGGAGGGUGAAGGACAGAUCUUCCAGCUGGACACCACCCUCUCAGAGGUAAGAAGAUAUUACAGUAUCCAUAUACAGUGAAUACGUAUAGUGUACUAAUGAACAUUUACAUGCUGAAUCAUGUAUACAUGCUCAGAUAAAUCAGACUAACUUGAUUUAGUCUGACUUACUGCUAACUUGAAUUGAGGCUGCUGUUAUAUCGUAUAUUUCUUUCUUUUUCCAUGUCUUUGUCCCGCUCGGGUAUUGAGUUUAGCCUUCUGUCAGUGAACUAAUUUACUCAGACAGUGAGCCUUGAGCCUGCUGCACACACAGCCCUCUCGUUGAGAGCUUGUCUGUUAUGAGAGUUACAGACAGUACUUAUUUUAUUUUUCAUAGCUCCAUACAGAGCACAGAUCUAAGGGAAUAAUCACUCCAAUCCCACUCUGACAACCCCUUCACAAAGAGAAUGGUGGAGUAGGAGAAUAUUGGAGCAGAGAUGGGACAGGGAACAUUGGAUAGAGUGCUUUGUGUAACUUGCCCUAGUCCUGGCCUUAGUAUCAUCCCCUCUCUGUCUGUCUGGGGCUUUCUAUCUGACUAGAGUCUAGCAGCUGGCUAGACAAUUUUAUGAAGACAUGGACCAAUUCGAAUGAGAACUAAACUUGUAACACUAAUUCCAACAAAUAAUAAUUUCAGUCAGUUCAAAUAGUUGACCCCUGUACUGACAUCAGUCUCUCUGUUGCAUCUCCAGGACACCCAGAGCAUCGACACGUCUCUGCUGGACCCAGCCAGUAACAUCACCACCCUGGUGGGGCCAAAUGCCUUCCGCAUCCCCCUCUCCAUCAGACAGAAGCUCUGUGGCAGCCUGGACGCACCACAGACCAGAGGCAACGACUGGAGGAUGCUGGCACACAAACUCAACCUGGACAGGUAGGGAUUGGACUGAAUGAUCUAUGUGUGUGUGGUACUGUCUACUGUCCUGCAGCUGGGGCAUCACUUUUGUUCUCACUUUUCUCCCCCUCCUCUCUAAACUGGGUGUUGAUCUGCCCAGCAGGGGCUCCCUUAUCACAGACAGCAAUAGAAGUAAGAGCAGCAGGAGGGAGGACUUUACCCUCCCUCUCACCCCUUCCCUCUCCCUUAACCUCACCCUUACUCCACCUCUCCCUACCCUUCGUGCCUUCAGAGUUCAGAGCUGGAUGAAAGCAGUUCUAACUAUUUCAUGUUUGACUGUCAGGUUUUUUUUUUUUUUUUUUUUACGACACUGGAUAGUCAUAAAGCCCACUCCAUACAACCUCUCUCUCUCUCUCUCUCUCUCUAUCUCUCUCUCUCUCUCUCUCUCUCUCUCUCUCUCUCUCUCUCUCUCCCUCUUUCCCCCUCCCCCAUCAGGUAUCUGAACUACUUUGCCACUAAGUCCAGUCCUACGGGGGUGAUUUUGGACCUGUGGGAGGCACAACACUUCCCCGACGGGAAUCUAAGCCGCCUAGCUGCCGUGCUGGAGGAGAUGGGUCGCCAUGAGAACCUCGUGCCCAUGGCAACAGACCACUGA